AGGCUAAAAGCUGAUGUUGGUAAUUCAUUUGUAUGCAGAAGAGUUUGAUCCACAAUCUCCCAUCCCCAGCUCCUUUUUUUCUUGCUAUUUUGGUGUCUAUGACUUCCAUAACAUUUUUUUUUUCUUUCCAAUUAACACUUUUAUUUGUUAAAAAGGAUAGAGUUUGUCGAAAGAUUUUGCAGUAGGUAUAACUGAUAGCUCCAUUGAGAACCAACCCGAUCUCCGAGGACUGUCCCUAUUAUUUUUGUUGCUGUUGUUGUUGCUGGUGGUGGUGGUGCUCCUACUAUUGUUGUUGUUGCUGUUGUUAUGAUUUAUUUCUUUAUAAAGUUUGUGUAAUGUUAGAAAUGUUUAUUUUUUAAAGGUAAUUCAGUCAAUUUGACCAAUGGUACAGUGUUCAUCACACUUUGACACAUAACGUCUCGCAAAUCAUCUAGUUCUGAGCGCACGCAUACACUAAAUAUUAAAUAUGAUGAAGUUGUCCAUAUCCAGUCCUGCCUGUGUUCACAGGGGAGACAAAUGCUUUUUUUGUGCUUGAGAAGGCGCUUCAUUUGCAUAAUUUUUAUUGUCUACAGUGACGCUGUUUCGAGGGAGUUCACUGUGUGCAUGAGUAUGUGUUAACAUGCUUGUUUGUACAUGUUAGUGGUACAUGAAAGGCUAAAUAGAGUGGCCAAUGGUGGCAUUUAGUAUAGGUCCGAAAACACCGUUGGUGUAGUAAUAUGUGUGAAGGUGCUUUAUCUAGACGAGACACCUUCGUAAUCUGCGUGUUUUACUGAUCUACGUCAAAAAAGAAAAAGAAACAAGGAAAGAAUUUUAGUCCUCGAGCGCGAUGAAUCGCUGCUUUACUGCAGAUACCUCCCAUGACUCCUGCCAGUGCAGCUCUCGCUUUGUUGUCCUCUAGAUUUAGCUUUACUGUGGACCGCUGUUUGAUCGAUUUCUGCCGCUGAAUGAGAGAAGCUCGCGCCGUGCUGCGCGCUGCUCGUCAGAGAGGAAGGUUCAUCCGUAGAGCCCAUUGGCGAAGAGGUGUCACGUGACUACGUUGAGCCAAUGUUCUUCUACGACGGUGUCAGGACCUUGUCAGAUAGAGAAAUAAACAUUGGGAAACGGCGAGAUGCAAAAAGCGACCUACUGCGACGGCUCGACAAUUUACAGUGGCUUCCCCUAUCAAAGCGCAAACGGUUUAGGUUAUGCCAAUCAGCAGCAAUAUCUUCAGGGCCUUCAUGUGGAAAGUGAGCACUAUCGAUCGGCCUGCUCCCUGCAGUCCCCUGGUGGCUCUGCAGCUCUGUACAAACCCAGUGACAUUUCUGAGGGCUGCCAACGGAGUAACGGGACACAAGCCCCAGUACCAGACAUCCCCGACAACAAUGAGCCCCCUACUGCCCCCUCUGGACCAGGUUCCCCCAGUGCCCUGAACCAAAUUCCGAGCCAAGAUGCUACUGCCAAGAACCCAGGGCACGCCUCUCCAACACCAGCCACUAGGAAACAAAUUUUUCCGUGGAUGAAGGAGUCCCGUCAGAACACAAAGCAGAAAUCCUGCAGUACCAUUCCAGUGGAAAGCUACCCUGGAGACAAGAGUCCACCUGGUUCGGCUGCCUCCAAGCGCGCUCGUACUGCAUACACAUCUGCGCAACUAGUGGAGCUGGAGAAAGAGUUCCAUUUCAACCGUUACCUCUGUCGCCCUCGAAGAGUAGAGAUGGCAAAUUUACUAAACCUGACGGAAAGGCAAAUUAAAAUAUGGUUCCAAAAUCGCAGGAUGAAGUACAAAAAGGACCAAAAGGGGUUUGGAAUGAUGCCCUCACCUGGAGCACAGUCUCCCCACAGUCCCAUUGCCCUAUCAUCCGGUAGCGGAGCAGGGGGUGGGAGUGGAUAUUUAAGUUCAAUGCAUUCUCUGGUUAACAGCAUGCCCUACGACUCACCCCCUCCAGCAUCGUACAACAAACCCCAGCCUAAUGCAUACAGCCUCCCUACGUCAUAUCCACCUCUGAACAAUUGCCCGCCCUCUCAAAAGCGGUAUCCGGGGACUGGCACAACCACGCCUGAGUACGACACGUACCAUCUUCAAGGCAACAGUAAUUACGUGACCCAAGUGCAGGGUAGCCCAGUUUACGUCAGUGGAAGCUACUCGGAUUCUUUGGUGGGAAUAGGGGGCUCGGUUUUUGGCCUGACACAUCUACCGCACCCUCCUCAAGGCAAUAUAAUAGAUUACAACGGCGCAAUUACCAUGGGAAAUAGCCAUCAUCAAGGAGCAUGCGAACCAAAUCCUUGCACAUUCACAGACCUUACAACGCACUAUUCUCAGGGAAGAAUUCAGGAAGCGCCCAAACUUACUCAUCUGUAGUGUGGCUGCAAUGUAUUUCUCUCUCCGUCCACCCGCACACCUUUACGUUCCUCGCCUGACUGCGUUCUCCACCUCCAAAAGCUGCGUCCACUCGGUUUUUAUGUUUCUUGACGUUGCUCGGCGAAAUUAUUAUUAUUAUAAUGAUUAUUAUUAUUAUUAUUUGGUUCAAGUUUAGUAUACAUUUAGCAAGAGAACGUUAUAGUUUCUCAAAACUCACAUGUCCUCGAAUCAUGAGAAUAUGUAUUUUAUUUCAUUUUUAAGAAAAACUGAAACAGGGUAUAAGAAAAAAGAACAUAGUUUUAUGGUUCUUUUUUCAUGUAAAUUUUAAAUCUUAAAAUUCUCCUCCCUCUUUUUUCUGUUUUGCAUUUUGCACUUGAGGAAGGAUGCAUAUGAGCACGACUUGAGCUUCUUUAUUCAACAGUCUUAUCUUGCAGCGUGAGCUCAUGUGUUUCAGGUCUUUCAAAUGUAUUUAUUUUGUGUCAUUGACAAUAGAUUUCUAGUGUUAUUUAGCCCAGUCCUUCAGAUGAUGGGUAGAAGGCAAAAUUGAUACUCCCUGUAAUGUUAAUACUGAAACAUUAUAUGGUCCAGUGCUAACAUGCAAGGUCAAUGUAUUCGAUUAUUAAUGUGUACAAAUGUUAAUCAUGGCUUGCUUUAAAGAAUCAGAAGAGACAGCGAUCCGAUAUUCAUUCUUUUUAUUUGUUCAAACAUUUUUGAUGUCAUUCCAUGCUGCUCCACAUUUGAAGAAAUAAAAGAAUCUAACUGACAAGCUUAUGUAUUUGUAUUUGUAUCAAAGGUGUUACACAACAAGUAUAAGCAAGAGGAAGAAAAUCAGCACUCAGUCAUCAGCUAAAAUGAUAAAUUUGUUCAGUGCUACUUCUGUUUGUAUUAUGUUCAUGUGAAGCAAAAAAAAAAAAAAAAAAAAAAAAAAAAAAUUAACACUGAUAGUUCUAAUAUUUCAAGAUAUGCUUGAAAGACAUUUGGCAAAUAAAUGACAGAAACGGGCUACUACUGCUGCAUGUGGGAGUGGUACACCAUCACUUCCGGCAGUCUUGCAUUUUAGCAAAGUGCGAGCAAUCCAUUGUAAUGACAGCCUCCUCUCCUCCAGUAACG